UUACCUUCUUAUUUCUUAAAUCUCAACUUCAAGUUACUUCACUUGCUAUUAAGCAUUUGGUUUUUUCUUAAAUUUUAGUCUAUGCAAUUUUUUAACCUUAAAUUUGGAUUUUGUUCUUCAAUUCUCUCUCAUUUAUUGUAAAUGUUUAUUUGGUUUGGAAUGAUUUGUGGGUUUCAAUUGUUUGGUGUAUUGCUUUUCCACAUUACAUGAUCUCAAUGCUGAGACCAAAAGAAUUGAAUGAUAAAAUUUAUUCGUUUGAAGGAGUUUUGAUUUAGAACCAAGAGAGUCUAUUGAAAGGUAUCUGGUAAACAAUGGUGUGUUCACUUGCAAAUUGUAAUUUGUUAAUGACGAGUGUUGAGGAGACACACUAUCCGGUGCUGAAGUCUAAAACUAGGAUGAAUUUCAUCAAAUUGUUGCUGCUAUUUGGCCCCUUAGUUUAAAAUUCUGGUUUUUUCCCCAAUUAUUGUUGGACAACUAAAGAAUACGGUAUCAUUUCGAAGAGCAUUAGAGAUUCUAAUGAAUUUGUUGAACAAGUUUUGGGUUUCUUGGUUAGUCCUUUCAUUCAAGCGUUUUUCCUUUGAAGUUACUACAAGAUUCCAUUGGUUAUUUGCAACUUAAGUGAUGAUACAUUGAUGCUAAAUCAUCAGUUAUCCACAUCUCCCAAGUAUAACCGUGGUGGUGCCCGUUUGGGCACUCUUAAUUCAUCCACAAUUUGCCCACAACACUUCCUCCAUUUAUUUGUGGCCAUUCCUUCAUGCAAAAAUGGGAUAUUCAGAUCGCAAAGGAAUUACAACAGAAAAUUGUUGCAUUACUAUGCCCUUAAAGUGUUCUUUUAUUCCAUUGAUCGUCUCAAAUUUAGACAAGCUUCACCCUAUAAGAUCAUUUGUCGCACAAGCACAUGAGUCCUCCAAUGUGCGUUACGACGAGGGUAGAGGUGAAGUUGGAGUCAACUGCCAAGUUUCCGAGCCUGCACUGACAAAAGAACAUAAAGAAGCUCAAAGGAGGUUGAGAAUUGGCCUAGCAAACAAAGGAAAAGUUCCCUGGAAUAAAGGCAAAAAACACACUGUUGAGACUUGUGCACGAAUUAAAGAGAGAACCCUUGAAGCCUUGAGAGACCCCAAGGUAAGAAAGAGGAUGUCACAAAGUUCACACUUGCAUAGUGAAGAGUCUAAGAGAAAAAUUGGUUCCUCUCUCAAAAAACUAUGGGCUCAGCGUUUGCAAUUAAAACAUUCAAAAGAGCUGUUUUAUUCCUCCUGGGCUGAUAGCCUAGCGGAGGCUGCUAAGAUAGGAGGGGUAGAUGAAGAACAACUCGAUUGGGAUAGUUAUGAGAGAUUGAAAGUCGAGAUGGCUUUCCAAAGAUUUCAAUUGGAUGAGGAAAAGGCCCAGGAAAAAGAAAAGAAAAGGAUUCGAGCAGAGAAAAAGGUGCAAGAAAGAAAGCGUAAAAAGAAUGCUGAACUAAGGGACAAAAAGAAAAGAAAAAAGAGUUCUAAAACAAGGGUGGAGAAGGACGGCCUAGCUGCGUCAAGUGAAAUAAGCAUCACAGACAGAUUGACAAAGAUCCUUGCAAAGAAAUCGGCAGAUGGACCAUCCAAUCCUGGAGUGAUGCUUUUUCUUCAAUCAGCACUCGAAAAAUUUGAUAUUGAAUCAAUAAAAGCAGAACGAAGGCGUAACACAGUUUCUCUAGCUGACCAGAUUCAAGCUGCUAAAAAUAAAAGAAGUGAGAUGGUCACCAGUGGUUCUACUAUGACAAUUACGAGUCCAACAACAGUGUCAACAAUGCGAAAGCCUUAAUCCCAUUCUCAACAAUAUGGGGAUUAAGUGGGUGAAAACUCUUGGCCUCGCAAAGCAAAUUAGCCUUUAAAAAACUGUGAACUCGGAGAGGUAUGAAGUCCGUUUCAACCAACCUUACCAAUAGAGCUGCAAAGCGUAGUGAGGUUGCUAUCGCAUCUGCAUGAUAAGACCAAGACCUUGGGCUGCAACAUUUUCUGGUACAAAUUCAGAGCUUUGUAAACUUUAGACGGAAAAUUUGUUGGGCUAUAUAUAUACAUAUGUAAAUGAGGUUAGGACAUGGGAUACAGAAUCUGUCAUUCGUUCAAUUUUUUAUUAUAGCUGCAGGCAGGUCAUUUAUGUGCAGAAAGAGGGAGAAGCUGUACAGUAAUUGUUUAGGGGUGGUAACUAGUAAACUUCUGUUGUACUGAGAUCCAAGUAGAAACAAUCAUCUGUGUUCUCUUGUAAUGCAAUCUUUCAUUCAGAUUGUUAGUUCCAA